AUGGAUUUUCGUUUAGCCUGGAAGGAAUACUUGAGAGAGUUGUGUUUCUCCUCCAAUGACUCUCCCGACGAGGAAGAUGAUAUGUUUGUAGAGACUAUGAGAGAUUGGCAAGCCGAGUCAGAGGCAUUGGAGAGGCGACCUUGGGGCGGUUCAGUGCCUGGUCGGAAGCGCAUCCACCGUUAUUGGCUGGAGGGCCAUAUUAGGUUGUACAACGACUAUUUUGUUGAUCCCCCUGUGUACCCCGACUACAUUUUCCGACGCCAGUUCAGGAUGAAACAUAACCUUUUCCUUAAGAUUGUGGGGGCGGUUGAGGAGAAGGACCGGUGGUUUCAACAGAGGAGGAAUGCUGCAGGCGAGCUAGGGCUGUCCACGUUGCAAAAAGUGAUUGCGGCGUUUCGUAUGCUAGCAUACGAUGCGUCGGUCGAUUCUCUAGAUGAGUGCCUCCGUCUAGGGGAGAGCACCAUCAUUGAGAGCAUGAGACGGUUUGUCCGUGCCGUUGUCGAUGUGUUCGCCGAUGAGUACAUUCAUUCUCCAAAUGAUGAGGACACUGCUCGUUUGCUUGCUACCAAUGAGCGCAGAGGGUUUCUAGGGAUACUGGUUCGCUAA